UUUUUACCCUCUUAUUCUCAAAACCUUCGGUUUUUCCCCCAAAAGAAAAUUCCGAGAAAAGAGCGGAGUGGUGGUGACGGUGGGUUUAACUCAAUUCUUCCUUCUCUCGCUCCUCGCUGCGUCUAGGGUUUCGUUUUCGCGUCUCUUUUCCUGGAUUAGUGCCACUGUUUUAGUCUAGGAUCAUCAUCACUCUUUGCAUACUCGUCCUGUGGUUCUGCUUACCAAUGGAUGGAAUGUUGCCUGGGAGUCUUUCUGGAAAGAAGAGCGAUACUUCGCCAGUCUCGAGCAAUCUCCAUGAUAGUGAGGUUACACCUUGGUAUUUUUCAAGAGUGGAGAUUGAAAAAAACUCACCUUCAAGGCGAGAUGGUAUCGAUUUGAAGAAGGAAACUCGUCUACGCAAGUCAUACUGUACAUAUUUGAAACAUCUCGGAGUGAAAUUGAAAGUUCCCCCGAUAACGAUAGCCACUGCUAUUGUAUUCUGUCACCGAUUCUUCCUUCGUCAAUCACACGCAAAGAAUGACAGAUGGACAAUUGCAACAGCCUGCAUGUUCCUUGCUGGGAAGGUCGAGGAAACUCCACGGGCUUUAAAAGACGUUAUUAUUGUCUCUUAUGAGAUAAUACACAAGAAGGUUGUCGAAGCUGCUCAGAGAAAGGAGGUAUAUGAGAACCGGAAAGAGCCUGUGUUAAAUGGAGAGGAGCUUGUUCUUUCUACAUUGAACUUUGAUCUCACUAUUGGUCACCCUUAUCAACCUCUCAUAGACGCAAUUAAGAAAUAUCUGGUCGAAGAGGCUAAGGCCCAAUUUCCUCAAGUUGCGUGGAGUUUUGUCAACGAUUGUUACCAGACGACACUCUGCCUGCAGUACAAGCCUCGUCACAUAGCGGCAGGUGCUUUCUUCCUUGCUGCUGAGCACCUAACAAUGGACUUACAAUCAUAUGAAGAGGGCUUGCGUCAAGAGUUUGAUAUCACACCUCGUCAAUUAGAGGAUAUCCAUGGCCAAAUGCUUGAGCUUUAUGAGAAGAAGCAUGUUUCUGCAUGUCAAGGAAGCAUGGUCGAAAGAAGUAACAACGGUGGAGACGUAGUGCAUCAACCUGUCUCAAGAGAUAUGGCUUCCACAGAUAAAUGUGCAAGCUCUGAUAUUGAAGGAGGCUCGUCGAAAGUCAAUCUAAACCAGAGCGAUGAUCAUUCGGUCCACGAUAGGUCUAGGCCUGAAGGAAUUGAAAAGGAGAACGGAGAAAGUGAAGCUGGAGACAAUCGAGACGACCAUUCUGUUCGUGUUAUAACUGAUAAGACAGGUGGUGAUGUUGGGAUCAGCCCGUUGGAGAAAGACUUGCAACUGCCUCGAGAGGAGGUGAAGGCUAAAGGAGAGAAAGAUAAGGAGUCGUUUGGUAAAGGUGUAAAGAAAAGUGAAUCGAUGGAUGAGAAUGAUUUGAGUGAAAGAGAAGUAGAAGAUGUGGCACUGCACGAUGAGGAUGGCAAAACAAUGCUGAAGAGAAGUCAAAGCUUUCCGAAAGUCGAGGUCGCUGAUAGCAACAUGACUGUCGAAAACAGUGAAAUUCUGGAUGCAAACUACUCAGGUGGUCAUGGUUCGUUGAUAGCUGAUGUUUCUCAGAUGAAUGGCAAUGAUUUGAAGGAAAUGGUCGUUGAAGAUGGUGAAAUAGUGUUUUAGAUCUGUAGCUGAGAAGCUUGGAAAAGAAGGGUUUUGUACAUGGAGAUGAGCUUUUAAAUAGGUAGGAGAGUUUGGAGAAACAACUAUGUCAUGUUCUCUCCAAAACAUGAUGGUUUAGUUUCAUGAUUUUUUGUAGAUCCUUUGAUUUGAUUCAAGGAAACUGGGGUUAUCAUGACUUUAAAUCCUGUUUUUCAGCUAUGUCAUAGCUUUUAAGAAUCGUAGAUAUAAAACACGUGUACAAUACUACAAUGUGCUUUUGUUUUUUUCACAUUUGGUGUACUCACCCAAUUACGUGGAAAUUAGAUUGAUCUUUGAUU